AUGGGUCCGGAGCCGGGCAAGCCUCUCGAGAAUAAAGAAUUCACGGUUACGGGCACAAGCAUACCGCUCGCGACGUACAACGAAGUAUCAGCACUCAGAGUGCUCUUCCCGACAUCCGUCACUGCUCCUGCCACUACCACAAGAUCAAUAACGGCCGGGCCGGGCUUCACAUUGGCGGAUGCAGUCACUGCAGUCGCGCUGCUGCAGAAGGCGUGGUGCUUCGAAGUGACCUGCGGGGACCCAGCAGUAUCCAGGCCCCUCGCCCAUCGUCGGUUCCAAACCUUGCAACACAUGAUCUACAUCGUGGCUAUAUGUGGCGAGAUGGGGGUCGACGGCAAACGCGUCAUGUACCCCGAGCUCGAGCUCAGGAUAUCGGGGUUGCCGGUGCCGCGAAUCAUGUUUCCGAUGAGCCCCUACUAUAUGCGCCUCAUCUACCCGGACAGACCGGUCAAGUUGCACCAGACGACUCUACACGACGAAAAUCAGUUCUGGGAGGAUGCCGGCGGUGACGGCCUUGACGAAGACAUGGACCUCUUCUAUGGCGCCAGACAAUGGAAAUACAGUCUUUGCCAUCCCGACCAGGCUCAGGCUACUUCCACCGGCAGGCCUCGAGCUGCGGGCCCAAUGUCCGCGAAUUCGAUCGCGGUAUUCCAGCCAGGGACCUAUAUUCUAUUCAACGACUACUAUGGCACGGCGCUCACACUUUCUGCGGACGACUGUCGCACGAUCCGUAGUGAUGACUUUGAUCCAGACGGGUCGCCCUGCCAGGAGUGCAUCGCCGGCACUCCAGCACAGAGAGAGUAG